CAGAGUCUGCUGCAAGCCUACGCUGAUCAUGUCUGAGUCUGGAACCUGCACUUCCAUCAUCAACUUGCGCUACCCAGAUGGCAGCGAGGGAAGCGCCACCAACCCAACCAAGUUCAAGAACCAAGACUAUGCGCAGCUGAAGGACUACUGUGCCGGCAGAAAGAGGCUGUUCAUAGACAGCGCCUUCCCACCUGACAACCGAUCUCUGGGUGACCUGCCCAGCUUGGCUUCCUGGCAAGAAGAUGAUGUGAAAUGGCUUCGCCCAGCGGAUAUCUUGAAAAUGCAAAAUAACGACAGUGAGCCUUCAUUUUGCUUAAAAGGAGCCUCCCGGUUUGACUUUGGGCAAGGCAGUGUAGGUAACUGCUGGUUUCUGGCUGCAAUUGACUCCCUAACGUUCAGGAAAGAACUGAUGGCUCAAGUAAUGCCCAUGGACCAGUCCUUCAAGGACUAUGACGGAAUAUUUCACUUCAGGUUUUGGAGAUUUGGCAAGUGGGUGGAUGUUGUCAUUGACGAUUACCUGCCAACAUACAACAAACGAUUACUAUCUGUGUAUAGCAAAUGUGGAAACGAAUUCUGGGUUCCUCUGCUGGAAAAGGCCUUUGCCAAAGUGUGCGGCUCAUACGCCGACAUGAACGCAGGACUGCCGGUAGAUGCGUGCAAGGAUUUCAGUGGAGGCGUGACCAUGACUUACGACCUUGGGAGGUCCCACUAUGCGAAUGACGACCUGUGGCUCGCAUUGACCCGAGCCUCCGGCUGCCGAUCCAUGAUCUGCUGCGGGACUGCCUCGGAGGAGGGGAGGAAUGUCAACACGAUUUCACAAACGGGAUUGGUGGAUGGGCAUGCCUACUCAGUCACAAAGGUCACCGAGGUUGAGCAUUACGGCUCCAAAGUGAGGCUGGUGCGACUCAUGAACCCCUGGGGCAAACAAGAGUGGAAGGGAAAGUGGAGCGACAACUCGGAUCUUUGGAAAAGAGUGAGCCCGGAAGAUCGGGAGAAGUGUUUAAAUCUUGAAAAUGGAGAAUUCUGGAUGGAGCUGGGAGACUUCUGCCACUAUUUCAGUAUGGUGUCCGCGUGCUGUGAGAACCCUAAUUUCAUUGACGGGGACUACAAGUGCCAGUGGAAGUGCAUGACCUACGAUGGCAAAUGGGUAGCGGGGAGAUCUGCUGGUGGCAGCCCAAAUGACAGGACCUUUUACACGAAUCCUCAAUUCCGCAUUCAGGUGAAAAUCAUAGAUAAGACGGAGCCUGGAGACAAGAACAUGCUGCUCUCCCUGAUGCAGAAACCUGAGGGCGAACAUCGCUUGAAGAAACGAUUCCACCCAAUUGGAGUCGUCGUUUACAAGGUCCCGGCAGGGACCCCACAGGGGCGCUUGAGGUCGUCCUUCUUCAAGAGAAACAGUCCUAUUAGAGACAGACUGUCUUACAGCCAUGAGAGGGAUGUGAUUGUGCAGUACAGCGUGGAGCCUGGGGAGUACGUGGUCGUCCCUUCCACCAUCAAACCCUACAUGGCCACAGACUUCGUUCUCACCGUCUACACUAAGGCCGAGACCACAAUCAGUCACUAUGAUGGAGAUGAUGAUGAUCAUCAUGAUCAUGAUCAUGAUGAUGAAGAGGAGACAUUAGUUCUUCCAGAAAUACCGACCAAGCCAGAGGAGGAGGACACCGACAAGGAUUCCGGCAGUGACAUAUUCAACCGCUACGCCGAUCAGAGUGGCGAGCUGACUUCCAUCCGGCUUCAGAGGCUUCUGAACGACAACUUCCCUCACGGCACCCGGUACGGCUUCGGGCUGGACACCUGCAGGAGUUUCAUUGCUACGGUUGAUUUUGACCAUAGGCUGACGAUGACGACCAAAGAGUUCUCAGUUUUCUGGAAGAAAAUGAAUGAAUACAAGGAUCUCUUCCGUAGCCAUGACGUGAAUCGAAAUGGAUCCCUGUCUGAGUCUGAGCUCGAGAAAGCUAUUGACGCUGCAGCAAAGAACGUGAGCAGCUCCAUGGUGAGGACGGUGAACUUUAGGUAUUCGAGCUCCUCAUCUACAUCCUUGGAAGACUUCAUCACCAUCAUGUUCCGCUUAGACAAGAUGUCAGGCAUUUUCAAGGAAAAAUCUUCUGAGGAUGGGAUGAUCAGUCUGAACUGGGACGAGUGGUUCACCAACUCCAUGUACAACUAAACCAGCGCCGAGACGCCGGCCCCGGAGACUCGCUUCAGAAGAUCCUUGCUAUCAAAUGUGUUUUAUUGGGCUUUCGGGGGUUCCAACAGCUAGAACUCUUUUCUUCCUAACAUGGUCCCAAACAACCCGCCACUUCUUUUUAUUAUCCCAAAUAGAGCUGGCCUGGAGGCUAAAGGAUCUUUGCUAUUGGGUUUCUGCUUUAAGGAUACUAGAUUGUUUCUUUUAACCCUAUCUUCUUGAAAUCUUUUGACUUCAAUUUUAUUCAGUACUAUAAAAUAAAAUGUGGCCCAGUUUAUUCUGUGGUAACUUUAGAAGUUUCUCAUAUUGGAGUUGUGCUCAAACACCCCACAUCUCUACCCAUACAAGUCUUCCUUUCAAAGACUUGCUACCAAAGCAUACACAUUCUCCAGACGUUGGAUAGAAUUAUCACAGAAUUAUUCACCUCCUUUUUUACUGUUUUGAUGCUUACAUUUAAAAUACACAUUUGGGGAUUUUAGGUUGAUACAAAAUGGUUCAAAUUGAUGAACGUAAAAGCAAGAAAACUAAAGAAAGACUCAUUCAAAAGGGAAAUAACUGUUGAAUGGUCUAGCGUAGAAAUCCAAACUUUAAUCGAGCGGAGAACCAGCUGUGUGACAUCAGGAUUCCUGCAGACCAGCGGAGUUCAUCCAGCCUGAAGGAGCCGGAGCAGAUCCGCCCUCAGAGACCUGCAGCUGGAACUGCUGCCAGCAGGCCUGAACCCAGUAUUAACCUUGGGGGAGGUGAUUAGAUAUGCUGUUUUAGGGUUUCUUUUGGUGGUGGUGGUGGGGUUGUUUGUUUUAUUUCUGACUUUCUUUGAUUAUUACAUUUUAUUUGCAACCUUCAAAUUGUUUGGGAAGUUGUGAUAAUCAAAUGAGAAUAAAAAGAUUUUCAAGAAGCA